GUGGAUGAGGCUAAAACUAGUUCCAACAUGGCGACCUCUACGUGGUAUCCUUCUCAAAGUGCCAAGGACAUGAAGGAGAACAAUUCAGCUGUCAUUAGCCUAACAGACAGCAUGCUUGAAACGGAUGACUUUGAUAGUGUAGCGACAGAGCCCAGCAAGCAAGCAGAUACCAGUACAUCAAUAAAGGGACAAGAUAUGAUGAGAGAGGAGAGGAAGAAUGAUGAUCCUCAGGGAGCAUUCAUGGAUGCAGUCAAGACUCAGAUGGCUGAAACGGUUUGGCAGACAGGAAAGCAGCAGGCUCGCAAGGUCUUUGACCUGUACGGCAAUAUCGACCUGCUGAGACCCUACUUUGAUGUGGAGCCCAAGACAGUUGUUCACAGAUUGGUGUUGUCAUUACUGCCAUUGAGACCCUCAGGCACUGCACAGAAGGCUGUUGGGGAGCUGUAUGGACCACUCAUGAUUGUAUUCACGCUUGUAGCUAUCCUGUUGAUGGGCAUGAAGGAUGCAGGACACACAGUGAGAGAGGGAACCCUAAUGGGCAGUGCCAUUGGCAUUGGUUUUGGCUACUGGCUGCUGGCAUCAGGGCUGUAUUAUGGCGUCUCCUUCAUCUGCAACACACACAUCACAUUCCUGCAAGUAUUAUCACUGACAGGAUAUGGGAUGUUCUCAUUCUGUGUUGUCCUCUUCCUGGGUACAACGCUUCACAGCACAAUGUCUCAUACAUUAUUCUACACAUCCUGGGCUAUCCUUGGAGGCCUGUCAAGUUUGAGAAUGGUAGGUGUCUAUUUAUCCAGAACCAAAGGCCGAAGUCACAAAUUGACAAUCGCUGUGACAGUUGCUGCUCUUCAUCUGCUGUUCCUUCUGUACUUGCACUUUGCCUAUCAUAAAAUUGUUGAAGACGUUGCCCCGAUGCACCACGCACAGGUGCCUACUCACAACCUCAUUCCCAAAGCCCCUCUGAAUCAGGCAGUUUUAGCCCCAGUCCAAUUUGAUCUACUUGAUCAUGGAGAGUCACACAGAGACAAGGUUCCGGUUGUUGGGAACGAAGCUGUGAAAGCUUCCCCCACUGAAAUAUUACCACAACGCAAAGAGGCUGCAGUUAUCCUUGAAGAUAAUAUGACUGGGAACAAGAAGAUUCAACCUGGACUAGUUACUCCAGCAGUAGGAAAAUAUAAGGAUGGCUAAGGCUGACGGGGAUGCUACUCUAAGCAUCGAUUAUUACAGUACUUCAGUUAUCUUGGGAUGGCUUUUUUGAAGAAAGUUAGUGAGGGGAGGUGUCUGCACUUCUUGGAAUUUGUUGUUUAACCCUACGUCAAUACUGAGUGCAAUGAACUUGAUCAUUUAUCUCUUCUUUACCUUGAGCAUUUGUGUAUGAACUUAUUCAACCUUAAUAGACAAUGUUCAACAUUGUUUUCCUCUUUUUUGUUCCUGUACUUGCAGGGUAGAUAACAUGUAAGACAUUGUCAUGACCAUUUAUUCUGUAGCUCUAAAGAAGAAAAUGCAUGUCUGUUAUUAUUA